ACAUGCUCCAUACAGCAGUAGCAAAUUUAAAGAUUCCACCACCAUAACCACAACCUCCGCUUACUUUCCGCCAUUUCAAAGUUCGAAAGUUUAUACCUUAAUCAAAUAUCUAGCACCGCGGAACCACAUUGGCAUUUGUCUGCAGGAUUCUUUCUCCAUCCAGUCCCGCCAUCCCUUCCAAUCAAUAUGGCGGACUCACUGCACAAUGCUCCUAUAGUGCUAGAUAAUGGUUCCGGUACAAUUCGAGCUGGGUUUGCCGGUGAAGAUCUACCAAAAUGUUAUUUUCCUUCAUUUGUUGGAAGACCGAAACAUUUGCGAGUACUGGCAGGUGCGUUGGAAGGAGAUGUGUUCAUUGGACAACGAGCGCAAGAAUUAAGAGGACUGUUAAAGAUUAAAUACCCACUGGAACAUGGCAUAGUCACGGAUUGGGAUGAUAUGGAGAGGAUAUGGGAAUACGUUUAUGGAGAAGGCCUUAAGACCUUGAGUGAAGAAGUGAGUUCUUAGGUCCAAAUCUAAGGUGGAGGUGUUUGCUAUUUCUUCUUAUCUGGCAAGUCUAGUAAUAUCGCAGAUGACUGAUAUUAUUUAUGCAGCAUCCUGUUUUAUUAACAGAACCACCUCUUAAUCCUCGAAGUAAUCGAGAUACAGCUGCACAAAUUUUAUUCGAAACCUUCAACGUCCCUGCUCUUUACACAUCAAUCCAAGCUGUUCUUUCGCUAUACGCAUCAGGACGAACGACUGGAAUAGUACUUGAUGCCGGCGAUGGAGUUUCACAUGCAGUUCCAGUAUACGAAGGCUUCGCCAUGCCGAGUUCAAUACGAAGGAUAGAUGUGGCUGGUCGAGAUGUUACAGAGUAUAUGCAAACUUUAUUACGGAAAGCUGGAUACGUUUUCCAUACCAGCGCAGAGAAAGAGGUAGUGAGGAUGAUCAAGGAGAAAGUAAGCUAUGUGGCAGGAGACCCAAAAAAAGAAGAAAAGGACUGGUCGGGUGCCAAGUUAGGGGAUGGGAAACUUGUGGAAUACGCAUUACCGGAUGGCAAUAAGAUCAAGGUGAGAAACAUAGGAUUGAUUCACAGUACCAACGCUAACGAUGUCACAGAUUGGAGCAGAACGAUUCAGGGCACCCGAAAUUUUAUUCGAUCCUGAAAUUAUUGGGUUGGAGUACCCAGGUAUCCAUCAAAUUGUGGUGGACGCAAUUAAUCGCACAGAUUUGGACCUCAGAAAGUCCCUAUUCGGCAAUAUUGUUUUGUCUGGUGGAAGUACUUUAACGAAGGGUUUUGGAGACAGAUUACUACAUGAAGUGCAAAGAUUGGCAGUGAAGGAUAUGAGAAUCAAGAUCUUUGCUCCGCCAGAGAGGAAAUACUCAACCUGGAUUGGUGGUAGUAUCUUGGCUGGCCUGAGUACAUUUAGAAAGGUAUGCCUUAGAUCGUAAAUAUCCUUGGGGAAGAUUGCUAACUAAUGUUGCAGAUGUGGGUGAGCAUUGACGACUGGCACGAGAAUCCCGAUAUCAUUCAUACGAAAUUUACAUAACCAACUCCUGACUCUAACGAUUUUUUGGCAAUCUACGUCUCCACCCUCCAGCCACCCACCCAUUGUCUGUAUCAAAAUAAUACUCGAGCCAAAUUACCCACCUUGUGAGUACAAGACUCCACGCAGCAUCCUCUUCUCCCACAUAUUCAACUUUAGCACGGUUUAAUCUGCAUAUGACCUACCCUGCAUUUGACGGCGCAGGCUAUUUGGUUGGCAGCUCAGGAGCUUGGAAUGCUUUCCAUGCUCUUUGCAUGUGUUUAUGAAUGUACAGCUAUGCUAUGAGAAAAGAAUAACUAAAUUCAAGAUACCCAUUUCUGAGCUG